GCGAAAGGAGCGAGUUCGAAGUCCCACUGCUUGAGCAUCCAGUGCCAGGGGUACCGGGUACAGAGCCAUGCCACUCCAGGAGAACUUCCCUGCACUCUGCCCGGCAUGGCCCCAUCACCAGCAUAAGCUGUUUGCAAGAUGGAAAAUUUUGAGUACAGCAUCCAGCUGAACGACCGGGAUUGGGCUGAAUUCUACUUGGCCUCCGAAGAAUGCAGCUUGACCCAGGCCGCCUUAGCCACUGCCGAGGAGCCGCUCCCGAGUGACCUUGACGACGCGGAGGUCGAGAACAGGUUGAUCCGAGUGAGAGUGGGCCCGUGCCCGCCUCCCGGCCCGGCCAGCUGCCCGCCACGUGGAGCCCCUCACAGGCACCUGCUGGCAGAAGAAGAGGUUCUGUCUGGCAGCGAGGACGAGACAGAUCUUGGCUCGGUCAGCCGGUUUCUCUGUGACAACAGCCAAUGCCGCGCAGCUUUUCCACAGCCGUCUCCAAUCCAGAGAAGUCAAUCGUCCCGUGUCGCUGUGGAGCCAUUGGCAGGACUUGACGGAGAAUGUGGGGCUUCAUUUGCUGCAGAGGGAAGAGAACCAGAGACGGGAGACAGGCGUGCUGAUGCCGAUCGUCCCCUACCAGAGGGAGAUGUUGCCAUCCAAAAGGCGGGAUUCCAAGGACGAAUCUCAGGCCCAGAAGCCAUGGAGAAACCCACUUGCUCUGUGCCGGUGAACGUGGGUGCCUCAAAGGGGAUGGAAGAACAGAGAAGACGACCCCUUGGCUUGGCACUGCAGCAGCCCACCAAUGAUAUCUCCCAGACUGCCUCUGCUGACAUCCAGUUCCCAUUACCGGUGGGGAGCAAUGCUGUUUGUGGGAACCCAGAAUCCCCCGAGUCGAAGGAUCCAAAUGUACAUCCAACAUCCUCAAUUUUUCCUUCUGGAGAGACUGAAGGAGCUGAGCACCCGGAAACGGGAACCAAGCACCUCCAGGUCAGCUUGAAGGCAGGAGCACCAUCGUUCCAGGAAAAGCCUUCCCUAUUUCAAGGACAUUCAGUUCCACCACUAGGGACCUGGCCACCAUCUGGCCCACCGUCAGAAAGCCACAAGGAAGGAGUCCUGGAAAGCAGAAGCAGUGAGGAAGAGAAUAUUGCAGAUCUCAAAGCCGAGGGGCAAACGGACCAGAGUGAGGACUUGGUCGACAGCAUCUUAAAAGAGGAAGGUCAAGUCGACCAAGAAACCAGUUCUGCCGGCUGCAAGGUGGAUUCGCAGAAGGCCCCAGAAGAACCGGAAGCGAGCAAAUGUCCACGACCAACCAUCAUAACUGAGUCCAGAUGUUCUGGAACGUUAGAUCAGCACAGAGAAACUGCUGCGUUGAAGGCAGAGACCCAGAAGGGUGGUGUUGAGGAACCCUGCCAUCAUCCAGGCCCAGCUCUGCCAUUGGAAGGAGGAACUCCAAGUAUGGGCCAAGGAAGCCAGAGAUCAAACCUUUUAGAAGAUAACAUUCCGUAUUGUCUGCCACUGGAGAACUCUCUGGAAGGUCACUUGGCUGUGAUGACGUGGCCUCAAGACUGCGACCAUUCUAACUGUGGUAACACCCAAGACCUGGCGGAAAAGACGCAGGGCGGAGUGGUGGAGAAAAGAUCCACCUCAGACGUUGGUCAGGACUUGCCUGAAAUGUACGGGCCUGACAUGUAUGAAUACUUCUUCACCGACAUGGAAGGGGCUUGCGCGGGCGACAGUGGCGAGGAGAAAGAAAUGGGGCUCGAGACGCUGAGCAGCUCCAACCAGAUGUUGGCUCCAUCUACUGGUUCUCAGGACUCAGACUCUAUUGCGGCUGGUGAGGCCACACUCAUCUCUGUCCCAGAGGUGUACGAACACUUCUUCAACAACGGAGCACAGGGCAGGAAGAGCUGGAAGCGGCUUUUCCUGAGCAUGCCGGCCUCAGAGGCCAGGAAGGCGGUGAGAGCUUUGAAAUCCCUUCUGAGCAAGCCUGCCCGCCUUCUCAGGCGCCGCCCCCCAAGCCCUGGGACUGCGCUGCGGAGAGGAUCCCAUGGAAAGCUGGUGGUCUUCUCACCAAGGCUCCUGGAAGAAAGCCAACCAAGACCGGAAGACCUAAGGAUGGCUGUGAUAUCGCCAGAAAGACCCCUUCAGUUGGCUCUCACGCACAGGGACAUGUGCCUGGGCUUUGUGGCAUUCGCUUCGUGGGCCGUAAAGACCUCCAACCUGCAGGCCCCAGACGCUUGGAAGAUUGUGCUGCUUGCAAACUUUGGCACCCUCUCGGCCAUCCGCUACUUCCGGCGGCAAAUCAUGGCAGAAGGAGAGCACGGCACCUAAGCGCGUCCGGUGCAAUCCCACCUGAUUCCUUUCAGGCUGCUGGAGGACGAUUUGCAAAGAGGCCACACUUUCUUCAAAGGCAGGGAAUGGACUUUUGCGGAUCCUGGAUCGUAGGAGUUGUCUGUCCUUGCCCCCCCCC